CCAAAACCCAUUUCAUUAUUUCGGGGACACACCCAACCCAAAUCGAUCUGUCUGUGUGAGUUAAAUUGAACUCCUAACUCUUGUCCUUCGGAAGUUAAACAUAGUCUGGGAUAGUUGAUCACUUCAUCACUGCUAAGUAUCAUGGCUGGUAAAGCUGAGGAACCAGUUAAUGAGCAAGCAGUUGCCACCAUAUAUGGAAACAUGAGGGCUGACAUUAACCAAGUUUACUCAAAAAUUACGGAACUAGAGAUGGAGGUCAGUGAGCACUCACUGGUAAUCAAUGCCAUAAAGCCUCUAGAUCAGUCUCGUCGGUGUUACCGCAUGAUUGGUGGUGUGCUGGUUGAGAGAACCAUAAAAGAGGUUUUGCCAGCUGUCCAACACAAUAAGGAGGGGCUUGAGAUGGUGAUUGCUCGACUUAAUGAGGCAUUGGAAAAGAAAAAGAAGGAAAUGGCCGACUUUGAAGCUAAAUACAAAAUCAGGAUCAAGAAAGGCGAUGAAGUGAAGGACGAUGCCAGCAAGAAGGAAGGCUCAGCACAAGGGGUACUUGUUGGUCCAGCAGGGGCUACUGAACCAAACUAGUUUGUCAUAUAAAUAUCGGUCCUACCUGAUCACUCAGAACCCGAUAUGUGUCAUCAGAUAUUGAUAUCCUUUUAUAGAUUUUGAGGAUUCCAGUGUAAAAUGUAUAAUUUCACUUUUUAAAAUUUUGUUUCCCCUUUAAUGGAGGCCUAUAGAACUUAGGUUUGGCUGAAACAUUAUUAGAUGGUUGGUUUAUCCUGUUUUCAAGCUCAUUAGUCAUGAAUGUUUGUUAUGUUGUUUAUUGCAUC